AUGGCAUGUUUCAACGAAAUCUUGACGGAAUCUCUUUGCUGCGACUGCAACUUCUUCGAGUGCUGGACAGAACCGUACACUGUCGAUGUUUGCUGCUUGGCGCAAAGCUUCGCCUCCCAGCAGUCUCUCCUGUUUCGCAACAGUACCGAAAUGAAUGCCUCUACCAGGCUUUGUGAUCCCAUCGCCGCACGCGCUUGUACUACGAAGUCUGCCUUUCUCCAGGAUCCCAACUGUCAAACAAUGGCCAAGUAUGCUGCCGGCCUGGCCGCCAGCUGUGUGGCCGAACUUUCCAGGACGACGUGCUACACGGGGCUCGUGAUCAUGCAGUGGAACUCCUAUGUCUACGGCUCGGCUCUGACAAAGUCUCAGCGCCACCGCGCUGACCGCAGCUUCGAAGAAUGCUCCCAGGUGCUCGAAGAGUUCUUUCACGACGGCUACAUGGCGAUGAUGAAGCGCUGCGCUCGCACUCGGCAGCGCGAGCUUCGAGAUUUGGUGCCGCGGGCGGCGCACGUGUUGGCCUCCGAUGCGCUGCAGGAGUCGCGUGCAUGGGUGUCUGAGCGUCCGAAAGUUGGCGUUAUCAUGGCCAUGAGCAGCCAGGAGGCUUCCCUGUACAAGCACACGUUGGACAUUUGGCACUGUUAUUGCGCUCGCCACAAAGACUGUGAGGUGGUGGUGGAGUGGGACAACUUUCUGCCGGCAGGCCAAUAUCCCUACGUGUGGCUGGACUCGGAGGCCAAAACCCCGAAGAGAAGGUUUGGCUUCUCGUGGAAUCGCUGGUUUGCACUCCAGCGACAUUUGGAUGCCUUCGAAUGGGUCUUCACGGCCGAUCCUGACCAGUUCAUCUCGCACGAGUGCUUCCUCUCUUUUUCCUUCACAGACGUCCUGCGUCAGGCUUCCGCCGUCGCGCCGCCCAGCGAUGGCGUUCUACCAGUUGUCGUGAUGCGUGACUUCCCCGAGUUUCAGAAUCUGCACCUCAGCUGCGGAGGACCAGAAGUCCGGACUGCCCAGGCCCUCGUGGAAUUCCGAUACCUUGUGACACUGAAGGAAUCACGGUGCCUGUGGAUGGAUCCGGAAGACCAGAGCUCCUUCGAUCACACGAUUCUCGAAAUAUUGGACUUGUGGCGAAAUGCAGCGGCCUCAAGCGUGCUCCUGCUUGAAGCUCCUCUGGACUUCUUGACAGCAUUGACGUGUUGCGGUGUUGUGGUGGGCAAGGGCCUCACCAACCGCGUGCGGCAGCAAGCGGUUGAGGGGGGAUUCUUGAAAGAGCCACAUUUUGGAUUUCAGGACGGGACACCUGAGGCGGUGUACCUUGAGUGCUGGCAUGUUUUCGCCCGGGGCCCAGAUGGAGAGCGCUUGGGCAAUUCUCUGGACCUAGUCGCAUCGAUACUUGGCGAUUUCGGCCAGCGGAAAGACUCUCUCCACGGACUCCACCCGGCCCCCAUCCGGUUCCUGAGCCCCGAAGAGGUUGACAUCAACUUCGUCAUCGGCGGCCGCAACGUCUCGGAUGCCCCGUUGGUGUGGCACUUUGCCGGGGCGCUGAAGAGCCUCAUCAUCGAAAGCGGAGACAGCUACAUGGAUGUGAUGCUGAAACAGCUCUGGCAGCUGGACCCCGACUGGAGGCGGCCGGUGUCGGAAAGGGCAAACUGUUCGGCCUGGGAGUCUUACGCCUCGAGAUCGGUGUCGAAAUGUUCGCCCGGAACGCCAGUAGUGGAUUGUCGGACCGGGUGGCUGGCCGUUUGUUGA